GGGUUGGUGGACGGCGGUGGCAGUGGCCAGCGACACGGUCGACGGUGGCGACGAGCGCAGUGCAGCGGCUAAAUUCUCAACCAAGGUUUGGGAGGCAACGGUAGUGCCCACUUCCGUCUUCUCUGUGUAAGAAUAAGAAGGCCUUCGUAGGGCCAAUAGAAACCUCACGCAAGUCGCAAUGGCAUCACCCAAAAUGGCGGCCGGGCGCGUGCGCCGCGAAAUUGCCGAUAUCAAAAAGGACAAACAGUCUUCCGGUGUCAAGAUUGAACUCGUGGAUGAUGCCGACCUGUUCAAGCUGCGCGGUCAAAUCAAUGGUCCGCCUGACACGCCCUUUGAAGGUGCGUGCGGUCCCCAUCGCGCUGUGCGGCCUCCAUCGCGCUGUGCGGCCUCGCUAGCAGCCCAUCUCCUGCCUGAUGCUGCUGCACAACUGGGCAAUCCCAUAGGAUCCAUCUAUGACCUUGACAUCGAAGUCCCCAGCUCGUAUCCAUUUAGUCCCCCGAAAGUCAAAUUCUUGACCAAAAUUUGGCAUCCCAACAUUUCCAGCGUCACGGGCGCCAUCUGUCUGGACAUCCUGACGGAAAAGGCCUGGGCUGCGGCCAUGACCCUGCGCACCGUGCUCCUCUCCAUUCAGGCCAUGCUCACAGCAGCAGAGCCCGAUGAUCCUCAGGAUGCCGUCGUCGCAAGACAGUACAAAGAUGCUCGUGAUUCAUACAACCGCACGGCGCGUUACUGGUCCCGCGUCUAUGCCAAUGCUCCCCACACUGACGCCGACGUCGCCGCCGAGGAAGAGUUGGUACAAAAGCUGGUGGACAUGGGUACCUCCCGGGACAAGGCCAUCGUGGCGCUCAGUAGCUCGGACUGGACGUUGGAGCGGGCUGUUGAGCGUGCCUUUGGUUGAGACGGAUAGUUUGCAUGUCAAUUCUUGUAACAUCAUGGCUGGUCGAUCCCCUCUCUGUGCAACAAUGCUCGGCGCCGCUGCAUUUGGGCGCCGUCCUUGUUUUCAUCUCUGAUCAAUUGAUCAGAACAAUGG